GGGGGUAGGCAGAAUUGGGGCACAGUCGCCCAGCAAUAGGUGGUAGCCAUCCUUCCGCCUUUAUCUGAGGCCAGCCCUCCAACCCGUUGGGACAGCCGCCUGCACUGUCCCAGCAUGCAGAGAAGGACAGCUCUGAAGACGGAGAAACUGAAGAAAGGCUGACCUAAGGCAGGAGAGGGGUGCCGAAGCCUCCGCAGAUUAUGCCUUCCAUUCCCGAGCAGCCGGGGCACACGGAGGGGCUACCUGCCGCCGAGGGAGCCUUGUGGCCCCCGCUGCCCUGUGGCCCCUGCAUCCCCAUCAUGCUGGCCCUGGCCUCCCUGGCCGCCUUCUUCAUCGUAACUACCGCAGUGCUGGCCGAGCGCCUCUUCCGCAGCUCCCUGCGCCCGCAGCCCCGCCAGCACGCGCCCACCCUGGUCUGGCGGCCGGGAGGAGAGCUGUGGAUCGAACCCACGGGCACCAGCAGGGAGCGCUCCGAGGACUGGUACGGCUCCUCCGUGCCCCUGCUGAUGGACCGAGCCCCGGACCCCCCCGCCCCUGGGGGCACCUUGGAGGGCCGAGCCACUGCCCCACCCGCGCCUUUAGUCCCUUCAGCCGCACAGUCUGCCCCCAGCUCCUUGGUUCCCCACACCCCCGCUGAAGCACCCCCAAGAAGUACCUUCUGGAGACCGCAGGCAGGGGAAGAGAGGCCCGCUGCUGCAGGCCUGGUGAGCUGGGUCGGGCCUGAGCAGAGGCCGGAGGACGAUGCGCAGCUUGGGAGCCCCCAGGCCUGGAGGCUGAGGCCAGGGAGCCCUGAGCCAGACUGGGGUCUCCAGCCUCGGGUCACACUGGAGCAGAUCUCUGCGUUCUGGAGGCGGGAAGGUCGGACCAGUGUGGGCUUCUGAACCUCCUGGGCCGGUGGUCUGGGCUUGACACCUCAGAACUGCUGUGAGACCCCAGGCUCUAGCCUCGGGAUUGGUCCACGGCCUAGACUGUGGCUCAGAGAUUGGCAGAGCUGGCUCUGAGCCAGAAGGUUCCAAGAUGGCAUUCCAGGAGAUGCAAGAACUCAACAACAAAGCCGGGCAGGAAAUGGCUAAGAUGCCGAUAUCAGAACAGAAGGAUCCUGCACGGAAUGCUGACCAAAGGCCUAGAUACUGCGAUGACAAGGACCAGUGUGGGCAAGAGAUGGCAAGAAUCCAGAUUCCCUGAGCCACUGACCUCUGUCCCAGCCGCUGUCACCUCCACCACCGUGAGGUCUUCCAAGAAAAUGCAGGGGACAAGAACUGACAGAGGAGUCUUCUAUUACAUACAAACCGUGACUUUGACCACCACAUAGCAACAAGGAAUUUGCUGAGCCCAGCUGAAGAGGCCCCUCUCUUGCUUGGAGUUGAAACAUGCCCUCAGAGACCUCCAGCAGGCUCCUCUGCGCAUCCUCGUGGUUGCUCACGUCUUAGGACUCAGGAUCUUACAAGUGCAUGGCGAGGAAAGCAUGGGCCAGACAGACUGAGUUUGAUCCAGUGAGAUCAUGAGAAUUGUUCCAGUGAAGGGCAGCUCCCCUGACCCUGACCACUGCCCCUGGCCGUCUUCCCUUCCAACUUGCUGGAGUGGUCCAGAGACAGGUUUGUCUGUCACAAGAGGAACUUGCUUAAAAUUAUCCAAUCCACAGGAAUGAAACCCCAAAUCCUAUGUACCUACUAGGUGACUUCCCCUACAGGAGAAGACCCCGGGAGUGAGGAGAACAAAGGAGUUUCCACUCCCUAGGAAACAGAUUUCCCAAAGUUGUGUCAUGGAUCUGAACAGUUUUGCCAUUUCACUCUACCAGCUUAUUAUGAUGUACUUUAUGUGUUUACUUAAAUUGGCUCACUGUUUGCUUAAUAAAUUGUUUUUAAAGGAA